UCCACAUCUAGAGAGUAACUUAAUAAAAAAAAACAAAUCCCGCCAAAUUCGAGCAUCUGUGGUUUUUGCCAACAAUUACUGAUUUGCGAAAUGGUUGCGACGCCCAAAAAAGAUGAGAUUGCUGUGCCAGAGAAGCCGGUGUUGCUGGUGAAGAAGGAGGAGCAACCGGUGCAGCAGGCGCCGGUAAACCGGGAUGAGGAGCAGUACCUGAAUCUUCUGAGGGACAUCAUGGCGAAUGGAGAGCGGCGGAUGGAUCGCACGCAGGUGGGAACGCUGUCCCUGUUCGGCAGCCAGAUGCGCUUCAACAUGCGCGACUCCUUCCCGCUGCUGACCACCAAGCGCGUCUUCUUUCGCGGGGUGGCCGAGGAGCUGCUCUGGUUCGUCGCUGGCAAGACGGACGCCAAGCUGCUGCAGGACAAGAACGUGCACAUCUGGGACGAGAACAGCACCAGAGAGUUCCUGGACAAGCUGGGGCACACGGAGCGCGCCGUCGGCGACCUGGGCCCGGUGUACGGCUUCCAGUGGCGUCAUUUUGGGGCGGAGUACGGCAAAUGCGACGACGAUUACAGCGGCAAAGGCAUCGACCAGCUGCGCCAGGUGAUCGAGACCAUCAAGAAUAAUCCUUUGGACAGGCGCAUCAUCAUGUCGGCAUGGAAUCCGCUGGACAUACCAAAGAUGGCCCUUCCUCCAUGCCACUGCCUGGCACAGUUCUACGUCUCACAGGCGCGCGGUGAGCUCUCCUGCCAGCUGUACCAAAGGAGCGCCGACAUGGGCCUGGGCGUGCCCUUCAACAUCGCUUCCUACGCCCUGCUCACCUACAUGAUCGCCCAUGUGACGGGCCUGAAGCCCGGAGACUUUGUGCACACCAUGGGCGACACGCACAUCUACCUGAACCAUGUGGAGCCGCUGAAGGAGCAGCUGGAGCGCACGCCGCGUCCCUUCCCUAAGCUGGUGAUCAAGCGCCAGGUGCAGGACAUCGAGGACUUCCGCUACGAGGACUUUGAGAUAGUCGGCUACAAUCCUUACCCCAAGAUCAAGAUGGACAUGGCUGUGUAAGCCGAUCCUAAGAUCCAAAUUUGAUUUACCAAAUGAAAUAAUUUCUUGAAUGUAAGAUAAGGAGCUUUAACCAAUUAUUUCAUUUACCAAAAGCCAUGUUCUAAUCUCAAAGUCAGUAGCUCAGCUCGUCUCAAAUUUAUUUUUAUAUAUUAGGAUCGGCUUUUUUUUUUUGUUGGUCUAGCAACGUCAGCAUUUUUCGUCGAUCUGGUACCAUCAGAAUAAAGUCUGUUAAAUUGGAAAAGUUUUGGUCGAUGAAUUGAAAACCCUGGAAGUCAAAACAAAAUCAAUAAAAGUGUUUUCUAAAUAUGGUUACCCCCCUUUCAAAUGAUAAAUAAAGAAGUUUCUUAUAAGGAAUUUUUUUAAACACAUCAUUUCAUAGCUUUAUUUGAAUAAAUUGUUGCUUUCAUUCAUCGUGUGUAGUGUGUGUUUGUUGUUUGUAAAUUCUCAGAGUAAUCCAUAAUGAAGUAUAAUUGAUUCUUAAUAAAUCUUGCACAGAGUAUACCAUAAA